UCUCUCUCUCUCUCUCUUCCUCUUCUUUAUCAAGAUUGCCUUGCCAAAAUCGUUUUCAAUAAAUUUUCCUUUUACCUGACACGGUUGAACUUGACUUUGCUUUGUUGAAAUGCAAAGCAAAGCAAAAGCCAAUCCGUGUCUGUAAUAAGACUUACCAUACCCAACAGAUUUCAGGAUUUCCCAGGUUUCAUUUUGAUAGGAAAAACAAAAAGAAAAGAAUUCUUUUGCUUUGAUUGAGAAUUGAAAACUGGGUUUUGUUUUGAGUUUCUAUCCUCUUGGUUUUCGGGAGGCUGGAGCGAUUGAUAUUUUGGAUUCCUUGAACAGAGAAAGGUUGAAGCAUGAAAAAGCAUUGGUAUACUGAUUGAGGGCUGUUAUUCAGAAUAGGGUUUGAUCAUCUUCUUCGUCAAUCAGGGGCCCUGUUCUGAAGAUUGAACUUGUUUCUUUCUGGAAAACUACCAGAGGGGGAUUCAAACUCUGCUAUUUAGGCAGGAAAAUCAUGCACCAAUCAAUGAGCUAAAUGCUCGGAUGCAACUUGAUCCUUAUGUUUAGUUUGUUAUUUCGGAUGCCUUUCACAUGAAUAUGAAAAGGAGAAAUGAUAAAUUUCUGGGUGAUUGAUGAUGGGAGAAAUUUGGUCUGUUUGUCUUUCAGAAGUCAGAACCAUCUGCUUGGCAUUGUAUCAAGUUUAAUUAAUGUGCCAUGGCUGGUAGUAGCGCAACUUUGCCUAGUCAGGAAACGGAUAUCACAGCUUUAAAAGAAAUGCUUCGCACUCAACAGCAACUUCUGCAGAAGCUUUAUGCUGAGUUGGAUGAGGAAAGAGAAGCCUCUGCUACUGCGACUAAUGAAGCUUUGUCUAUGAUACUGCGUUUGCAAGGAGAAAAGGCUGCAGUGAAAAUGGAAGCAAGUCAAUACAAGAGAUUGGCUGAAGAAAAGAUUGGCCACGCAGAGGAGUCUCUUGCAAUUUUCGAAGAUCUCAUGUACCAGAAAGAAAUGGAAAUUUCUUCUCUUGAAUACCAAAUUCAGGCGUACAAGUACAAACUUCUAAGCUUGGGUUGUGAUGAUUUGGGUGAUACUGAAAAACAGUUUCCAGAGAAUUCAUUUUCAGAAAGAAAUGAUGCAUUUCUUGGAGAAAAGGGCGUCAAAGCCACUGUGAGAAGACUCAGCUCUCUGCCAGCAACUUUACCAAUUGAUUUCUAUCAAAAGAAGAGUACUAUUGAUGAAGAAAGAUAUACAUUUCCAGUUGCAGAUUUGUCUUCAAGCAUAGAUGUGGGGAAUUUUGAUCAGGUAGUUCAUGAUAAAAGCUCGGAUUCAAAGAGGAGUUCCUUAAACUCAGCAGCUGGUGACUACAAUUCUUACUGGGAACAGAUCAGAAUGCUAGAUGAAAAGGUGAAAGAGAUUUCAGAUUGUAAAGAAGUUGGUCAAAAUAACUUUUCAAAUGUAAAGGUUGAAUCAGUGUCUGGAAGUACCAGCUCAUCCUCUGAUCCAUCAAGAGCAAAAAUUCCCCCUAAAUGUCACAAAAUAAAAAGUUAUGAAGAUUCAUUAGGAAAAGAAGCCAUUCCAAGUUCUGCCUGUUCCUCUAAUACUGUUCAUGAUAUAUUUGAAGUCCCAGAUAUAUUUGAAGUUCCAGAAACCAGUGAGAGAAACAAAACUUGCUUUAAUGGGGAAAAGAGUCGAGGUAAGUCAAUUUUGGAAGGAGAUAAUAGGCUUAAGAAGCCAGAUUUGAUUCAGGAAGAACCUUUUAUGUCACCUGCAGAAGAUGAAAUUAACUGGAUAAAGAAGAAUAACUUUCAAAGUGCAAAGCCCGAGAAAAAAUCAUGUAAACUGAGAGGUGAGAUGAAUGCUGACUGCAUAUCGCCUGCUCAAUAUGAAACUGAACGGGUAAAGAAGAAUAACUUGCCAAGUGCAAACCAUGAGAAAAAAUUAUGUAAACUGAGAGGUCAGACGAAUGCUGACUGCAAAUCGGCUCUUCUUCACCCAGCUACUGGUGUUAAUGAUUAUCGAUCUGAGUUGCAACAGCUUACUCAGAGAGUUGAGCAGCUUGAGAGCGGGAGAAACAAUACAAGGCAUGAAAUUAGUGAAGGAAGGGAAGAGGAGCUGAAUUUGUUGAGGGAGCUACGAGAGCAGCUUAAUUCAAUACAAUCUGAGAUGAGAAAUUGGAGACCAAAGAAAUCCACUCCUUCGGAUGAGGUCACUCUACUUUCUCUCAAAGAGGCAAUGCUGCACUUUUGGCUGUAAUCAAACAAUUAAUGUGGAAUCAACUCAGACAAGAACCAGUGAUGUGAAGACAUAUCAUGGGCUAAAAGACUGCUCUGCACAUAUAAUGUAUAUAAUGGUAUCUUUUGAUUUUCUAGUGGGUGCUGUGAGAAAAUAGAUAGUUCUUUUAUUGGGCUUGUUUUGCAUAUAAAAUGAAUAUGAUGCAAAAAUUGCAUAACAUGCAUCCAUCAGGAAAGGAAAAAAGUGUAUACUGCAGAAUUUGGGGGUUUUUGUUUGAGCUCUUUCAUGUAUGAUUUUUCCCCCUGAAAGUGAGUUGGUUUUGCAAAGCUGAGUAGCUUAUUCAUAUAUGCACAUAAAUUCUUCUUUCAGUACUUCAAAGGACUUCUUAAUUAAAAAUGUGGUAUUACAUGGGAAACUAAAGCUGCAAGGAGCCACUUAAGUGCCUGAAAAGAAGAACACUGAAAUGAUCAUUUUCUAGUACUUUUUGAGCUAUGUACACUAACCAAACUGCUGUUAAGUCCUGAAUUUCUGAGAUUACACAUACUAAGAUUUUUGGGUUAAUUAUUUAAGGUGGGCUUCAUACAGCAGGGAUCCAGAUGGGCAGUGAACAGAAAUCAUGCAAUAAUGACCAUGGGAAUAUAAAGUCCAUAUCCAUAUUGAAGAUAUUUUGUCAUUAGAGCAUUCUUGUCUCAGCUGAAUAAUAUAUGUGCAAGAUUUUUUGGGUUAAGACUGCAUCUACAAUUUUUUUAUACUAUUAACUUGUAACUCUUUAAAGUGAAUUUGCAUUCUCA